ACGUCUACCACGACUAUGCGCCGCGCUGCCGUUCAUUCCCUUCGCAACUCUGCUUCCCGUCGGGUUCCAUGUCAUAGAUCAAUACACGCGACAACGCCAAGUUCAGCGAGUCCCGAUCCUCCGGUACAGAUCACCACUCUUCCAAAUGGUAUUCGAGUAGCGACGGAGAACACUCCAGGGCACUUCUCGUCCCUAGGACUCUAUGUGGAUGCUGGUUCUCGUUACGAGACUCCCGCAACGCUGGGCGUAAGCCAUUUUCUAGAUAGGAUGGCUUUCAAGACGACCAAAACGCGCUCAGAGGAAGACAUGGCAGCCGACAUCGACGGGCUUGGUGGCCAGAUCCUUUGCUCCUCAGCGCGCGAAUCCAUCAUGUAUCAAUCCUCUCACUUCCACAAAGGCACACCCCUUGCCAUGUCGCUCAUCGCCGACACCGUCCUCGAUCCUGCCUUUCUCCCGGAAGAGAUCGCCGCGCAGCGAGAAGCAGCUCGAUAUGAGUUGCGGGAAGUGAGCUCGAAGCCCGAGAUGAUUCUUCCCGAGGUUUUGCACCACGUUGCAUACGGCGGUCAGGGACUUGGCAAUUCCCUUUUGUGCCCCGAAGAUCGAAUAGACCAGGUCGACGCUCCCAUGAUGCGGCAGUUUAUGCAGACGUGGUAUCGUCCCGAGAGGAUGGUCAUUGCAGGAGCUGGUAUGGAACAUGACGCCCUCGUCGAGCUCACGGCCAAGCAUUUCGCGCACUUGAAGGAUGCGGACGCGACCAAGCCGCGUGCUGAGGUCCGCACCUCACAGCAAGUCCCUGCGAACCUUCUACAGUCUUCGCAGCAGUCUUCACCUUCGUUCCUGAAGUCGUUGACUCGCUCGGCGUCUUCAUACUUGUACAAUCCUCAGCAGGACCCUGCAUCAUCGGUACCAAGCCAAUCAACAUAUACUGGUGGACAUAGGUUCAUUCACGAUCCUACCACCGAGUUCAACCAUGUAUACCUUGCAUACGAGGGCGUUGGUAUCCAUGAUGACGACGUGUACACAGUAGCGACAAUGCAGGUUUUGUUGGGUGGUGGGGGCAGCUUCUCUGCAGGUGGACCUGGAAAGGGCAUGUACUCCCGCUUAUACACGCACAUCCUCAACCACUUCCCGCAAAUCGACCAUUGCGCGUCCUUCCACCACAUUUACACCGACUCCUCCCUGUUCGGCCUCUUCGCGUCCUUCAUCCCCUCGAGCGGCCGCCAGGCAAACAACCCCGCACACAUCCUUCCACAUCUGGUCCACCAGCUGAGCUUGCUGUUGUACUCAAACAUCCCUGAACAGGAGCUGAGCCGUGCGAAGAAUCAGCUCAAGUCGAGCCUCAUGAUGGCUCUCGAGAGCCGCGCAGUCGAGGUCGAGGAUCUUGGUCGCCAGGUCUUGGUUCAUAAUCGCAAAAUCCCUGUGUCAGAAAUGUGCGACAAGAUCGACGCGGUGGACGCAAUGACAGUCCGCCGUGUAGCCGCCCGCCUCUUCGGGCCUCGCAGCUCCGCCAAGGCAAGCGUCGUAGUCAUGGGCCGGGAGGACGUUGGGGACUACCAGGGGGUGCUGCGCAAGUACGGGCUUGCGGAGGCAUGAUGGUGGACGGAUCUCGCUGUCCUAUGAUGCUUACACAUAUAGUACUCUCCUAUAAUGACAUUGCCUACUUACU